AUGGACGAUCGAAUGCAAGCACAAAUUCGUUCGUGGUUGGAAGAGGAUUCUGGUGAUGAGUUUGAUGCAGAUCUUGAAAAUGGAGAACAAUAUCGAAUUGAUACCAUAGAAAGCGAUAGUUCUGUUAUCCGCAGUCCUCACGAAACUGAUACGGAGCAAUCGUCGGAUGAAAACGACUCCCGCGACUCAACAACAAAGAGAUGGCGAAGUCAUAUUACUUCAUUAAAAAGUUUAAAAGCAAAUAGGUCAGCUUUGCAAAUAUUGGCAGUUCGAGAAGACGUGGAAAUUGCAAGAGAUAUUAAAGAUUUAAUUCUAAGUGAUGAUUUUUGGACGAAGACAGGUGAAUGUGUAAGUAUUUUGGAACCAGUCACUGAAAGCAUAUUUUACUUAGAGAGCGACCAGAAACGUAUACAUCGCACAUACAUUACAUUUAAAGAUAUACAAGCUAAGAUACGUUUCACUUUUACUGAUAUUUCAACAUUGAGCGAAGAAAGCAAACAGCAAAUUCUAACAUCAGUCUCUUCAAGAUGCAAUAUGGCAAUUAGACCAAUACAUUUGGCAGCAUAUAUCCUAGACCCUACAACUCAGGGAUUAGAACUUACUCAAGAGGAAGAACUUCAGGGUAUGGAGUUUAUCUACAAUUUAAGUCAACACUUGAAGAGUAACAUUGCUGAACAAGAACAUUUGACAAAUGAUCAAGAACCUUUAGGACCUUACUCGAGAGAAAAUAUAGUCGGAAGAAAAAAGAAAAAAACGUCAGAUGAUGGCACAAGCGAACUGUUAACCACAUUAAACAAGUGUAUUGAAACUCGCAAAAAUAAGGAGGAUAUUUUGAAACAAGAUGAGGACAGAAUGUUCCUGAUGUCCCUAUUAUCAUCAUUUAGGGCAAUUCCGGAGCACAAAAAGUCAGCUGCGAAAAUUCAAUUAAUCAGUGUAAUCGAAUCAUUCCGAUCCUCUACUCAAAAUAAUAUACUAUAUCCAAACACAAUGUGGCGAAAUUUUAAUGAGUACGAGUAUGAGCGUCGUUACUUCACACCGGAGGCCGGGCGUUCAACAGCACCAAGUCAACAAUCACGCCCUGAAGCACAACAUUAUUAUACGCUACCAACUUCAACUCCUUCAGAACGUGAACGCCCAGAGUCGCGAUUUUCUACUGUCACUUCAAAUACCUCGCAAGAUUCUGACAUUUUGGAUCUAUUUUGA